AUGGCCACCACUACCAGCACCGCGGUCCGCGUCCUCGGCGCCGUUGCCCUGCUCUCGCAGCACGCCGCCGCCGGCCUCUACCCGGGCCUGACCACCGACAACCACACCUGCUCGCUGCAGAAGCCGGUGCUGUCGUGCUCGGCCGAGGCGCAGCCGGGGCUCGUCGACACGUGCUGCGUCGAGACCUUCGGCGGGCUCGUGCUGUCGACCCAGUUCUGGGACACGUACACGGGGCGCGAGGCCGACGGCCAGCUCCUGCCCAAGGACACAUGGACUUUGCAUGGUCUCUGGCCCGACUUCUGCAACGGGAGCUACACGCAGUACUGCGACCUGUCACGGCAGUAUGACCCGAUCCCGUCACCCAACACGACGACGGGUACGCCAGCGGGCAAGCCGGUGGUGCCGUGGACGGGGCCCAGCAUCGGCACGUUCCUGGAGCCGUUCGGCAAGUGGGACCUGCUGGCGUACAUGAACAAGUUCUGGGUGGCGCAGAACCAGGACAACGGCGGGUUCUGGGGCCACGAGUUCAGCAAGCACGCGACGUGCUUCAGCUCGUUCGACGUCGAGUGCUACGGCCCGCAGUACGUCGAGCACGAGGAGGUCGUCGACUUCUUCGAGACGGCCCUGGCCUACUACGACGUGCUGCCGACCUGGGGCUGGCUCAGCGCCGCCGGCAUCCGCCCCAGCAACGCCAGCUUCUACUCGCUGGCCGACGUCCAGGCCGCCCUCACCGCGGGCUUCGGCAAGCUGCCCUACGUCGGCUGCUCCGGCCCCGCCUACAACACCACCGCGGCCGGCAAGGGCAGCGCUGACGCCGGCAAGACGGUCCUGACCGAGGUCUGGUACUACCACCACGCCUUCGGACGCGUCCAGCGCGGACAGGCCGAGCGGGUGCACGCCAACAUCACGGGCGGGUCGGUGUCGAGCUGCGCAAAGACUCCCGGGGCCCUGCGAUACUACGAGAGGACCCCCGGGUCUGACGUUGCUGUCUAG